AUGGGGAACUAUUGUUCCAACUGCACUCAAGGCUUUGGGAAUGAGGGAGGGGAGUCCACCAUAGAAGAAAGUGCGAGCCCUGCAUUGAAACAAGGCGACAAGCGAGCUCCGGGCGAGCUAACAGACCUCAAGGCCGCGCGAGGAAUCAUGCGCAACUCACCGAGAGACGGCAAGGCCCUGGGGCAGAAGGGCUGGGCCGAUCGUCCUGCUCCCUCGCUGCAAGGAGGCGUGGUGGAAGAGGACGUGGACACAGAAGAAUACCAUCGGCUACUGGACAACAUGACAGUCGAUGACACAACAAGACACUUCGGGCCUCUCACAGAUGAUGAUUCUGAAGAUCUGCAAAGGACUGAAGAUGACUUUACGGAGAUUGUGGACGAUUUCACAGAAUCUGGUAUGAGGACCAACAGGAACAAGCUGAUGAACAGCAACGGUUUCUACGUGUCCGAUGCUGCUUCUGCCCGGUCCGGUAGUGAGUAUAGACCCGUCUCAUUCCAGACAAGGACUUCCAGCCCGGACCCCGACGAUGUCAGGCGGAGGCUGGCAAAGCAGAGCCGCAAGUAUCUGCAGAAGGCGGACAAAGACUUGCUUGCUAAGGUGAUGGGAGCGACUUCCUAA